AUGUAUCACCCUGUGGCGGUCAGUCCGGGGAACGGAACGUUCGGCCGGCAAGCCUUGUUUCCAGUCGGAAAGGAACAAGAACGCGCAGGGCGAGCGGCGGCUUCUCGCCGGGCGAUGGAGGCGAGCGGCGGGGUGUUCCCGUUCCGAGACGUCCGCUGGGACCCGGAUCCCGUGCUGGAAGCCAGCCCGGCCGUCCGCGUGCCGACUCCCGCUCCCUUGGUGCUGGACAAUGGCUCGUUUCAGCUGCGGCUGGGCUGGGCCUGCCCCGACCCCUCGGUGCCCGGCGAGCCACUGCUCCGUUUCCGCUCCCUGGUGGCGCGGAGCCGAGGAGCCCGCGGCGGGGCUGGGCCCGAGAUGCAGGUGGGCAACGACCUGGGCAGCCCCGAGCCCCUCCGCUGGCUGCUGCGCUCGCCCUUCGACCGCAACGUGCCUGUCCAGAUGGAACUGCAGGAGCUGCUCUUCGACCACGGCCUCCAGCGCCUGGGAAUCUCCUCGGAGGGCUGUGUUGACCAUCCAAUUGUGACAACAGAAGCUGUCUGUAACCCUCUCUAUUCAAGACAAAUGAUGUCAGAGCUCCUAUUUGAAUGCUACCAAGUACCAAAGGUUUCUUAUGGUGUCGACAGUUUGUACAGCUUCUAUCACAACAAAAAGCAGAGCUGGUCUUGCAGUGGUCUCAUAUUAUCCUCUGGAUAUCAAUGUACACACAUUUUGCCAGUCCUUGAUGGCAGGUUGGAUGCUAGAAAUUGUAAACGUAUAAAUCUUGGGGGAUGUCAGGCUGCUCUGUACCUUCAGCGUCUUCUGCAGCUAAAAUACCCUGGGCAUUUUGCUGCUAUCACUCUCAGCCGUGUGGAGGAAAUACUUCAUGAGCACAGCUAUGUUGCAGAAGAUUAUAUAGAAGAGAUGCGCAAAUGGAGAUCUCCUGAAUAUUAUGAGAACAAUGUGCAUAAAAUGCAACUGCCUUUUUCAAAUAAGCUCCUGGGGAGCACCCUAACAUCUGAGGAAAAACAAGAGAGGCGGCAGCAGCAGCUUCGACGGCUACAGGAGCUUAAUGCUCGCCGGCGAGAAGAAAAGCUUCAGCUUGACCAGGAGAGAUUAGACAGGCUGCUUUAUGUUCAGGAACUGCUAGAAGAUGGCCAGAUGGAUCAGUUUCACAAAGCUUUGGUGGAACUGAACAUGGACUCUGCAGAGGAACUUCAGUCCUACAUCCAUAAACUGAGUUUGGCCGUUGAGCAAACCAAACAGAAAAUCUUACAGGCAGAAGUUAGUGUUGAAGUGGAUGUUGUGGAUAGCAAGCCAGAGGUGCCUGACUUGGAUCCACUGGGCAGUGAACAAUCCAUGGAAGAUGUGGAAAGUAUGAAUGAAUUUGAGCCUUUAUUUGCUGAAGAGCAACCUGAAGUUGAAAAGCCAGUUACAACAGUGCAGCCUGUGUUUAAUCUGGCAGAAUAUCACCAGCUCUUCCUUGGCACAGAGAGAAUUCGAGUUCCUGAAAUUAUAUUCCAGCCAUCCUUGAUUGGAGAAGAGCAGGCUGGGUUAGCAGAAACCAUGCAAUUUGUGCUGGACAGGUAUCCUAAAGAACAGCAGGAAAAGCUUGUCCAGAAUGUCUUCCUUACUGGUGGAAAUAUGAUGUAUCUUGGAAUGAAAUCCAGAAUCCAGAAGGAACUGCUGGAAAUGAGGCCAUUCCAGUCAUCAUUUCAGGUGCAUCUUGCCUCCAAUCCUGUUCUAGAUGCCUGGUAUGGAGCUCGGGAGUGGGCCUUGGAGUACAUGAACUGUGAAGAAGGCUGGAUUACUAGAAAAGAUUAUGAGGAAAAAGGUGGUGAAUACCUUAAGGAACACUGCACUUCCAAUGUGUAUGUACCCAUUCGUCUCCCAAAACAGACUCCACGGACAGCUGAGACUCCAGCGUCCAGUAAAGCAGUGGGGAAUGCCCCAACCAAUAUCUCUGAGCAGGCAUAAUAUUCAGAUCUGUGAGCAUUUGUAACUGCAAAAUACAUGUGAUCUGUGUGAAAGGUACUGCUUUCUGAAGCUGCAAAGCAGCUACACUCUGCAGAAUUGGGUAUGAACUGAAGCCCAGCAUUGUUGGAGGUAGCAUAUUUGGUGUCUCAGUCAGGGUAUAUAAAACAUUUUAAGAAGCAGCUGACUUUUUAUCUAAUUCCUACAAUGAUGGAUGUUGAGUGUACUAUAUCUAGUGUAGUAUAUCUGUGGUUACCAUGGAAAGAUUAUAGAUGCUACAUCAAUUCUCGGUGUAAAAAGAAGCAAACUAAUAUUUCAGAGAAAAUACUUAUUUGCUUCAUUGAGGCUUAACAUGCGUUUUAUAUUAUUUUGUAAAGGUUGUUAGCACUGUAAAUAAAGAAUCUUGGAUAA